UUCAUUGCCAUUCAAAAUAAAAAAAAAAGAGUUAUUGAAACAAAAAGACUUCGAAAUAUUUUCUUACUUGGUUAAUGAUGCACAUUUUUCACGGAUUUCUUUUUUUGGCGUGCGCUCAGUUAGGCUUGCCGCUAAACUGCCCCCAAAACUGCCACUCUGCUUUUUGUGUUGAUAGAAAUAAGAUCAACUCGUUUUGUAAAUCGGGAGUAACAAUAGACUCUUGUGGUUGCUGCUUUGUUUGCGCAAAAAAAGUUGAUGAGAUUUGUGGUGGCCAUCUCGAUGUUUUUGGUAGGUGUAGAACCGGACUAUUGUGUCACUCAAAUAAUCGUUUUGGAAGUAACUUCGGAACGUGCAUUCAACCUUUAAAUUUUGAAAAUAUUACGCGGCCUGUAAUAACACGACCCGUUUUCGUAGAAAUAGCUAAUGAACCAACAAAAAAAGUAAUAGAACUUGAAAAAUGUAAGCCAAAAUGCUCUCGAAACUACUGUUAUUUAAACCCCAAUGCGAUUUGUUCAGCAAGUGAAAACGCUUUAAAAAAACGAGUAUGCAGAGGAGAUUGUCAACACACGUCAUGCAGCGUAUGUUUUAUAAAAAAGAAAAUGACCUGUCCAAAAUGUUUGUUGAAUGAUUUUAAAUGCAUUGAAAACUACGCAAAAUGUGUUCGACAAAACACUCACAAAAGAUGGUCUAACAAGUUUCAGCUUGAUGAUAAUCAAAGUAUUUUAUGUCGCGUUCCCGAUUGCCCGAAAUAAAAAUUUUGUAGUCAAGAUUUUGAACAGUUCUGCGAAAUUAUUAUUUACGAAAACAAAGCAAAAGAUGAAACCAGUUUAUAGCUGAAAUUAUUUGAAAAGUCUACUGACAAAAAUUGUUGACUAAGGAGGUGUUGAACAACAAAUUCCACAAAAGCGUUUGCUGCAUCUUUAAUUAAUAUGGCACUUGUUGCAUCAAUAUGAGCAUUAAUCACAUCAGAUUAAUUUUUCACAAUAAUAAUCAAGUUUACGAAAAGAUUAAAGCAAUAAUUGUGCGUCAUAUAAAUAAAGCAUUAGCGUAAACACAAAUUGCAAUUAUUUUGUUUACCAACAUUUUAUCUUGAGAUAAGUGGAAAAACCAAUCCCAGCUGAGGAGAACUCGCAAACUACAAGAUACAAACUACGCUGAACAAAAUUUUUCUAGUUCAAUAAGAGCAAGUGGUUGACAAUUUAAUAAAAAGGCAAAUAUCAUACCUUUAUUUCUGCUUACGUCAUAAAACCACAAGUUUUUGCAACACAUUCUGUAAACUUAAUAUUACGUUUAAUGACGUAAUUUCAAUUUAAUGCAAAAUACAAAAUCGAUUUAAUAUUUAUAAUAUUAAUUUAUUUUACACAA